AUGUCGUCCGGCAUGGAGCCUCCAGCUGCUAUCAAACAGUUGUUACGAUGGGAUCAAUUGCGGCAGACGUCCUGGGGCCAGCGGCUGACAGACAAUUGGGUCAAUAUUGGCAUGGGCGUCUUUUUGCUUCUUGUGACAGCCUGGCGAUUUGCCUCAACGUGGAAUGAGAGCAAGAAAUACAAACACAGCAACCGCUUCCUCCCCGCCCCCAAUUUCCCAACCAUCAACGAACAGCUCGACUUCGACUACACCAAGACCGAGCCUGCUCAACUCCGGCCGUUCAAGCCCAAAUACCACCUCACAAUGGGUAACCACUGGCCUCCUGAACUCCCUUCUGCGGACUCCCCAGACUCAACAGACACUGACUUCCCAGCGCUUGAGAACCUCAACCCCGAUGACUUGAUCCUGAUGGACAAGAACUAUAAAUCAAGACUCGCAUACCGCCGCAAGAUCCUGGCCGAGCACCCCGACAACACAUGUGCCGUGACGGACGACAAGCGAAUCCACAAGGCCGUCGCCGAAUACUACACCUUCCUGACAGGCACCUACCUUCCGCUCCGCUACCCCAGCAUGUUCAAACUCCACAAAACCCUGUACGAAACCGGCGAGCACUUCAUGCUCCAGAACCUCAUCACAGGCGAAAUGUGGCCCUGCUUCCCCCUCUCCAGUACCAUCUCCACCUACACCCUCCUCAUGACGCUAGGCAAAACCCUCGACGAGGACAUCCUCUUCCUCCUUCCCGAGGAAGGCACCGAAGAGACCGCCGAGCCAAAAUACGUCCUCCACGCAUUAAUCACAUGCUUUCCAUCAGGCUUCAACCCAGGCCUCGAUAAGCUAGGCAAACGACUAGCCGACAUCCACGGCCCAGUACCCGGCUACAAAGCCAAGCUCGAAAGCAGCAUGGACCGAUACUUCGCCAAGCUCGAGGUCGGCAAGUACGUCAAGCGCGCGAACUGGAACAUCACGCACAACACCGAGCUGUACGCCGCUGGAUCGGACACGAAUCACUCGCACGAGGGCGAUGAGGUGGAGGAGCUGAAGGAAAUCGAUCUUGAGAAGACAUUCCUCCGCACCGAGCGCCAAACCCUGCAACGCCUCCCCAAAUCCAAGGCGAUAGUUUUCAGCUUCAAGACCUACCUCUACCCCAUCUCCCAAAUCCGCGACGAAGGCUCAGGCCCGGCCCUGGCGGAGGCUAUUGAAGGCAUGAAGGGUGGCAACACGCCAGGUAUGUAUUUCUACAAGCGAGGCGCGGUGUGGGGCGAGGCUGUAAAGCGGUAUUUGAGGGGUGGCGGCGGCGACCAAAAGGUAGUGAAGGAGGAAGUGCUUCAAGAGGUGGAAAAGGUGAAAGAUCAUGAGGGGGAGGUUCGGUUGAGAAGGAAGGGUGGUGGUGGUUGA